AUGGGUAAAGAUCUCCUAAAAAGUUACACAUCAUAUGCAGAAAGUGUGAAACGUCUCGCAAUAAUAUGUGGAAUAUGGCCUUCAGAGAAACCGAGCAUGUUUUACCGAUUGCUUCCAUAUUUCAUCGGUUUCGCACCCUUCAUGAUUUUUUGUACCACUAUGAAUUUUGCCUGUGUCAAUAUUCAUAACUUGAAUCGUGUGAUGAAAGGCACGAGCAUAUCUCUGAGCUACCUCAAUGGCAUUGUGAAGGUAUUGUCUUACUUUUCAAUGAUUUGUUAUCUAGUACAUCGUGAAGAGCUCACAGAGCUGAAUGGUACAAUAAAUGAACUCUUAAGAAGGCAACAGGAAGAUGAACAGUUACUGUCUCGAACAUUAUCUUCUUUCAAGUUUUUUAAAGUACUCUCCGUGCUUCUGAUGUGUUCGGCUUUCACUGUCGUUGGAAUGUACUUCAUCACACCCCUCAUAAUAAUGGCCAAUCAAUACAGUCAUGGUGUAACACCAAUUCAUUAUCUUUUGCCCUAUCCUGCUGUGUACCCGUAUCAUAUCCCAGGUGGAAGUGCACUCUAUGUACUUCACUAUGUGAUGGAGAGUUAUGGGUGCUUCUGUUUAUUCUCUAUUACGGCUAGUAUCGACAAUCUUUUUGCUUUAUAUUCUUCUCAAAUCAUCGGCCACCUAAGAGCCUUGACUUAUGAGAUGAGACAUUUUACGUUCAAGACUGGUUAUGAGAAACAUUUGCAAAAACUCAUCAAUAUACAUCAGAGAUUGAUACGCUGUUGUAAAAUGUUGCAAGCCAUACAUGGGCCCAUUGUUCUGUCAAUGAUGGCGACGACUGCCAUCAUUCUGUGCUGUUUAAUAUUCCAAAUCAGUCAGAUGAAGACAAUAUCCGUGAAACAGAUAUUUUUUUUUGUAUAUAUCAGCGUGAAAUUGCUACAGACUUUGAUAUACGGAUGGGCAGGAACUCUUAUCACAACAGAGUGUGACAAUUUUCGGAAUGAGGUUUAUGGGACAGGAUGGGAAAAUCUUGGAAAGAAAUCCGCUGGAUAUCACGUUCGAAUUAUUCUCAUGCAGAGACCCAUUCGUUUGAAGGCCUGCAGCUACGUCUUCAUCUCUGUUAAUCUGGUCACAGCAAUUCUGAAUACAACAUUAUCCUACUUUUUCUUAUUGCAAGCUUUCGAUAAUGAACAAUAAUCCUGUAUUUCAUUAUUCAUGAGUCUGCUACUGCGUGUAACCGUUGGACAAAGGGUCAUCUACAUCAUCUGUGUGGCGAAUGGGAAGAAUGAUUAUUGAUUCCAAGUGUUUCGUGAAAACAUUAGACUCAAAUAAUGGAAUAUGAUAAAAUAAAAAAUAUGUAACCUGUGAGAUCCUAUGUAACAAACUCCCAGUAAGUCAAGACUGUAUGGCAGUGAGCGAUACUGAGACGAAGUGUAUCUCACGGAAGUCAAUCAACGACUGCUCUCCGAGAAGGGAAAAAAAAUUCUGCCAUAAUUGACAUGAUUGCUUUUUGAUUACUCUAUACUUUUCUUCCCCAGAAAGAACUUCACUCCCUUCUUUUCCCGGAAAA